CAGCAAUGUUGUUUGUUGGGCUGUAUCUGGUGGCUUUGGGGGUUGGAGGGAUCAAAGGGUCACUGCCAGCACAUGGUGGUGAGCAAUUUGAUGAAACCACCCCGUCUGGUCGGAAGCAGAGAUCAACUUUCUUCAACUACUUUGUCUUCUGCCUGUCAUGCGGUGCCCUCAUUGCAGUUACUUUUGUUGUGUGGAUUGAAGACAACAAAGGCUGGCAAUGGGGUUUUGCAAUUUCUACCAUUAGCAUUUUUGUAUCUAUCCCAGUUUUUCUUUCUGGUUCCCCUACUUACAAGAACAAGAUCCCUUCUGGAAGUCCACUCACAACCAUUUUAAAGGUUCUUUUUGCUGCUGUACUGAAUAGCUGCACAUACAAAAACUCUAGCAGUGCUGUUGUUAACAUGGCUUCUAGCCCUUCUAAUCCACACUCGGGAAGAAUGGAAUCAGAACAAGAAACUGUAAAGGCAAACACAACAAAUAAAACCCCAACAAGAUCAAAGUCACAUUAA